AUGUUCAAUUUGCAAGGCAAAGUCGUCCUCAUUACCGGUCUCGGCCAAACCAGCGACGAAGGCUGGGGCAUUGGAGCAGCCAUUGCCACGCUCUUCGCUCGUCAAGGAGCCUCCAUUUACGGUGGAAAUCGCUCUCUCGAGUCCGCGGAAAGAACGAAGCGUCGCAUCGAAGAGGAAGGUGGUAUUUGCGAUGUUCUCUCGACAGAUGUUACCGAUUCGGCAUCCGUGAAAGCUCUCGUCGACAGAUGUCUCCAGAAGCACGGACGUAUCGAUAUCUUAGUCAACAACGUUGGUCGCUCGGAGCCUGGAUGCCCAGCCACAAUGGCAGAGGACGUAUGGCACUCUCAAGUCGACAUCAACCUCAAUAGCGUGUACCUCACGUGCCACCACGUGCUCCCGAUCAUGGAACGACAAGAGUCUGGAGGCGCAAUUGUCAACAUUGCCAGCAUCGCUGGUCUGCGCUACAUCGGAAAGCCCCAAGUCGCGUAUUCUGCAACCAAAGCCGCCAUCAUGCAGUUUACCAAAGCCACGGCCGUUAUAUACGCGGCUAGAAGAGUUCGACUGAACACGGUGGUCCCCGGACUGAUCUACACACCGUAUACCCAGGACCUUGCGAAGCGGUAUGCCCCCGGAGGAGACGAGGAGGCGUAUAUGAAGAAGCGUGAUGAACAGGUGCCAAUGGGCCGGAUGGGAGAUGCAUGGGAUGUAGCCAAUGCUGCGCUGUUUCUGGCGUCUGACGAAGCUAUGUAUGUUACUGGGCAGAAGAUUGUGGUAGAUGGAGGUAUAACUUCCUCAACAGGCCGUGUUUAA